AUAUUAGCUACCCCAAUUUAAACCCUGAACUAGACGAUAUCUCAAUGAUUGUCAACUUGGACAAUGAAACAGAUCAACCUGACUGUCAGGAACUUCCUACCGUUGACAAUACAAAUACUGACAAAGAUAUAAUCAAUGAAACAGAACAAACUGACUACCACGAACUUCCUUUUGUUAUUGACAAAACCAAUACUAAUGAAGACGAACUUGACAAGGAUGAUGAAACCCGGCACUCUAAUAAUCAACACCCGGUUGUUACAAUUCCUAUAUCAGACCAACCAUUGAACUUUGGCCAAAAUCAGAUCGUAAUUAAAACGGUCCUGCACUCUCCCGCCAAGCCGAAAAUCAUAAUUUUAUUCGAGAGAAAACAGCGGCUAUUAGUGCAAAUUUCAAAGAACAACCUUGAAUCAGAUGUUGUAAAUUUUGUCAAGGAAUAUAUUGUACCCGAUGUCCCAUACUAUAUAUAUUUCGAAGAUCCUGACAUAUAUGAACCCUUCUCAGGCGCUUUACAAAAGUAUUUUAAAUGGCCCUCUAUCAAGUUUAAAAGGUGUCUUGAAAAACUUCUAGACAUCACUAGUAAUGAUGAAAUUAAAAGUUUAAUACAAAAUUAUCAUGAAGGGAAAUCAAAUCAUCGCGGGAUCGAUGAAACCUAUUCUCGCUUAAAACAAAAGUACUAUUGGCCAAAUUUGAAAAGUUCCGUUCAGUCAUGA